AUGGGGUGCAAAUGCAAUUGCAAAAGGGAUUGCCUCAUCGCUCUGAUCAUGUUGAAUGCAUGGCUGUGGCAGCUCGUUGAGGGAUCGCCAUCAUCAAAUAGGGAUUCCCUAGAUUCAUUCCUUUACGAUUACGCCUUCAAGAAGAUCAAGAAACUCCGUUCGGGCGAGGUGUACUCGGUCCCCUCUCCGUCCAUCUUCUCCGGCAUGGAGCUGGCCGUCGUCCGAGUCCGCACCAGCAGCCUAUGGCGCCAAGGGCUCACCCAUGGCCCCUUAAAAAUCCCACCCAAUACAUUGCCAUUGCCCUUCACCAAGAGAGUUGAUGUAGUUUAUCAAAAUCUUGGAAACUGGUCUUCACAUUACUACAAUGUUCCUAACCACACAUUUGUUGCACCUGUGUUAGGGUUUCUCUCCUAUGAUUCAAAUGGGAAUGAGGCAGUUGAGAUUAGGUCUAAGAGUGAUGAGCCCUUGAUGAUGGAUUUCAAGAGCUAUGGAGGCGGUGGUGGGACGAAGAGGUGUGUUAGGUUCGACAGAAAUGGAACGUUGGAGAUGAGCAGCGCGACAAGGGAGGGGUGGUGUGUGGUGAAGGGACAGGGCCACUUCUCCGUCGUCGUGCCUAAUGAGGGGAGGAGGCAUUGGGAAGUGUGGAUGGGGGUGGUUUUGGGGAUUUUAGGGGUGUUUUUGGUGGUUUUGUGUGUUUUGAUGUGGAAGAGGAAGAAGAUGAGGGGAAUGGAGGAAGAAACUGAGAGGAGUGAAGAGUUGGAGACUGUUUGGGUUGGGAGAAGCAGAAUGCCCUUUGCUUCAGGUAUUAGAACACAGCCAGUUCUUGAAAAUAGUUAUCUUCCUUGA